AUGUCAGCCCACCGGCCAAAUGCUUUCAACAGCUUGCGGAUGGGAGAGGUGAUCCGCGAGAAAGUUCAAGAUGGUAUCACGGGCGAGACCAGAGAUCUGCAGUACACUCAAUGCAAGAUCGUUGGAAACGGCUCGUUCGGUGUUGUCUUUCAAACCAAGCUUUCACCGUCUGGCGAAGAUGCUGCCAUCAAGCGAGUUCUCCAAGACAAGCGAUUCAAGAAUCGAGAGCUCCAAAUCAUGAGAAUUGUCCGACAUCCCAACAUCGUUCAGCUCAAGGCUUUUUACUACUCCAACGGCGAACGUAAGGAUGAAGUUUAUCUCAAUCUCGUUCAAGAAUUUGUUCCCGAGACCGUCUAUCGGGCCUCCCGCUUUUUCAACAAGAUGAAGACGACCAUGCCCACCUUGGAAGUCAAGCUGUACAUCUACCAACUCUUCCGAGCCCUGGCAUACAUUCACUCUCAGGGCAUCUGCCACAGAGACAUUAAGCCUCAAAACCUCUUGCUCGAUCCAAACAGCGGCAUUCUCAAGCUGUGUGACUUUGGCAGUGCCAAGAUUCUAGUCGAGAACGAGCCCAAUGUUUCGUACAUCUGCUCCCGAUAUUAUCGUGCCCCCGAGCUCAUUUUUGGUGCUACCAACUACACCACCAAAAUUGACGUGUGGUCCACGGGAUGCGUCAUGGCUGAGCUGAUGCUCGGCCAACCUCUGUUCCCCGGUGAAUCUGGUAUCGACCAGCUGGUCGAGAUUAUUAAGGUUCUCGGCACGCCGACCAGAGAGCAGAUCCGCACCAUGAAUCCCAAUUACAUGGAGCACAAGUUCCCGCAGAUCAAGCCCCACCCCUUUAACAAAGUGUUCCGGAAGGCUGAUGCCAAUGCGAUCGAUCUCAUCUCCCGAUUACUCGAGUACACGCCAACCGAGCGUCAGGCUGCCGUCGACGCCAUGGUGCACCCUUUCUUCGACGAGCUCCGAGACCCGGCCACCAAGCUGCCUGAUUCACGACAUGGAACUGGCCAGCUGCGAGACUUGCCCGAUCUCUUUGACUUUACCCAUCAUGAACUCUCCAUUGCUCCGCAGCUCAACCAACAGCUCGUACCACCGCACAUGAAGCCAAUCCUGGCUGCCCGAGGACUUGACAUUGACAACUUCACGCCAAUGGCGAAGGCGGACAUGCUGGCAAAACUGGACUGA